UGCCCUAACAGAUAGCCUCACGUCUCCUCACGCCGGAGGAGAGAGAGAGAGAGCGCACCGACGCCGGCAAUGGCGGAGUGGAGGAACAUGGCGGCGGAGGCGGCGGCUCGCAGCUUCACCUACAUCAACGAGACGAACGCGAUAGCGGAGGGCAUCGCUGGCGCCCGCCAGCAGUACGGCCUGGCCGCCGAGGACUGCCGCGGAUUCGGCCCGGGCGUGCACCCGCCGCCCAACGCCGGCCAGGGCGCUUCAGCAGGCGGCCCCAUCAUCGACCUCGCCAUCCGCCGGAUCAAGCGCUUCAGCAGGUUCCAGGCCGUACUGGGCAACGUCUUCUCCCUCUGCGUUGCGCGCAUCGGGCUCCAGGGCAACGCGCUGUCGCGGUGGGACAGGUGGCAACUCCACCGCGCCGACGCCGCCCGCCACGCGGAGACGGCGUUGCAGCGCCUGCUCUCCGCGAGGUCGCACGGCCAUGCGGCCUUCAGCGUCUUCCAGGCCAUGCUCAGGCCUCCGUCGCCGCAAGCAGUCUCCCACGCCUGGGCGCCCGCGGCCGAGCAGCUCCUGCGCCGCGCGAUCGACGAUCUGGCCAUGGCGGAAGCCGCGGUGCGGCAGAUGCGCCCGGCCAUUACCGCCCAGUACUCCGACGCCUGGAUGCUUCUGCAUGGUUGGUAGCGGGCGCGGCGGCGAAGCAAUGACUCGGCCGAUCACCAAUCUCUCUUCUGUUUUGUUCAUCGAUCGAUACCUGCAGCUGCAGGAGCUGAAUUCUCCCAGGUCUCGGUUUUCCGUCCAUCAAGGUUCAGGUGCUAUGUCGAUCUGUCAACUGUGAUUACGAUGCACUAGCACUACUAUAGUUUCAGUUUGUGCUCAAAGAUUUGAUCCAAAACUGCACGUCGAUCUGUAAUGCUCGAUCGGUGGAUCAAGUCGAUCGACUCAGGCUUCUCUUGAAUCUUG